UACGGCAUAAUCUAUCGAACUGAAAUUUGAGAAAUCCAUGAAAUAAACUUUUCUAAUUUAAAACAAUAACAGAAGACGGGAAUCACUUCAAAAACGUUUUAGCUAUGUAUGAUUGUUUGAUUGCUAACGUUAGCUCAAAACACCAUUCAACUGACAACUUUUGUUGUGUUUGAUUCUUUCUUGUAGCCAGCAGUGAACGAACUAAGUUAAGUAGGUCCAUAUUUACAGUACUGACAUUACACAAGUCUGUUGUUAGCAUAUUGUGUGCUAGUUGUCGCAAAAUGACGCGUGCAACUCACAUCUUCACUCGUCGCAAAGUGACGCAUGCGCAACUCAAAUCUGCACUCGACUUACAUUGGGGAGUGACAGAUGGCAGCGCUUCAGAAACGGCGACAUGAGCUCGGCGGCAGAAAGUUGUUCCCCGAAGGAGCAUCGUCUACAUCUAAAAGAGCCACUUCCGGUGCCAGCCCCACAGUACAUCGGAAACUUUUGGCUGCGGCAUUUUACGGAGUCAGUUCAUUCCUCAUCGUCGUUGUCAACAAAAGCGUCCUCUCCAACUACAGAUUUCCAUCGUCAACAUGUGUGGGAAUCGGCCAAAUGUUGGCUACGAUUGUAGUUCUGAGGACUGGGAAGGAGUUGGGUGUUAUCUCGUUUCCAGACAUGGAUUUGAGUAUACCACGCAAGAUGUUUCCACUGCCCCUGCUGUAUGUUGGGAAUCAAAUAUCAGGGCUGUUUGGGACACAACGCCUCAAUUUACCCAUGUUUACGGUGUUAAGGAGGUUCAGUAUUUUUCUCACCAUGGUGUUUGAGGGACUCUUGCUGAAAAAGACUUUCUCUGCGUCGAUUAAGAUCACCGUAUUCACCAUGAUCGCUGGCGCUUUUAUUGCUGCCAGCACUGACCUGGCCUUUGACCUUGAAGGAUACAUAUUCAUAAUGCUGAACAACGUUCUGACAGCGGCCAGCGGGGCGUAUGUGAAGCAGAAACUUGAUUCCAAGGAGCUGGGCAAAUACGGGCUGCUCUACUACAAUGCUUUAAUCAUGAUUUUCCCCACUGCGGCAUACGCUUACUACUCAGGGGACUUGCAAGUGGGGUUGGAGUAUAAUGGAUGGUCUGAUCAGCUGUUUGUUUUGCAGUUUGUGCUUUCCUGUGUCAUGGGCUUCAUUUUAAUGUACUCCAUCAUGCUGUGCACGCAGUACAACUCAGCGCUCACCACCUCCAUUGUGGGCUGUAUUAAGAAUAUUCUUGUGACCUAUGUUGGAAUGGCAUUUGGAGGAGACUACAUAUUCACUUGGACCAACUUCAUUGGUCUAAACAUCAGUAUCGCUGGCAGUCUGGUGUACUCCUAUAUCACGUUCACACAGGAGCAAACAAGAAAGGUGUAAACCGCGGAAUCCCGAUCGGACCCGACCCUAAUGGACUACGGAUGUCCAGAACACGUUUCAUGUCGUCUGUGUGCUAUAUGUUGACAUGUCUAUUUUUGAACCAUGCUGUCAAAAUGUUUUGCAAACAUUCAUGUCAUACGCUGUAAUUAAAGUGCCUAUACAAUUUUUUUAUAGUUACAUUUCAGCUUCACACAAAGUCAUGA